CGUGUGGGUGUGCAUCUUUAGACUCUUUCCGGAGUAACUGCGACAAGCGGUUAUCAAAACUAUUUCAGACAAUAUUUUCACAAUUUUACUCCGCCGUGGACUGUAAAAACAGACACAGUGGAGCGAAAGCGACGUAAAGUUUAAUUUUUGGACGGAUUUUCCGGAAGACAGCAUCCACUUGUUGGAUCUGUUUGACUUGAUAACGGCCAAGACCAUGAAUACGGACACAGCAGCAGUAGCAUCCACCCGUCCCCCUCCAGGAUUUGGGCCAAUACCUGGACCAAUGGGAGAUAGUAACCCCACAGUAAUCAGUCUAGAUGAUGAAGCUUAUGAACCACCAACCUAUGAUGAAGUGUUUCCCCCAUUGGCAACAGCAGUUGGAGCUGCAAAUGAUCAGAGUAGUGAGGGGGUUCCUGGUGCCAUGUUGCCACGGAUGGCAUCCUAUGCCAGAAUGGCUGUCAAGUCUUCCACUAUUACUCAGGUUUUCUAUGUGCCUUUGGAGGAACGUCGAUACAAGGAGAUGAAUCAAGGCUUUGGAGAAAGUGAUUCACAAUCCGGCAGAAUCUGUGCAGAGAUCAUGAAGUCAACAGGAGCUUCAAUUGAAAUGAGUUUGGCAAGGGACCAAAGCCUGACAAUUGUUGUGACUGGGAAACCCUUAUCAGUCAUGGCAGCACGUAGGGAAGUCCUCAAUAGACUGCAAACACAGGCCAACAUCAGUAUCCCGAUCCCUAAGGAGCACCAUCGUUUCAUCAUUGGUAAAGGAGGAAGUAAGAUGAAAGAGCUGGAGAAUAUUACUGCUACUAAGAUCAACAUCCCAACUCCUAAUGACACCUCUGAUCUGAUUCAUAUUGUGGGACCUAAGGAAGGUAUAGAGAGAGCUCGUCAUGAGAUACAACUCAUCUCUGAGGAACAGGCCAAGCUAGCUUUUGAGCGUCUUAGCAUUCCUCGUGUGUACCAUCCAUUCAUUGAAGGACCUGAUAAGAAUUAUAUCAAGGAAGUGAAAGCCAAGACAGGUGCCAAGAUCCAUGUGCCACCACCCAGUGCACUCACUGAUGAGAUUGUUGUAUCUGGAGAGAAGGAAGGUGUGAAAGAUGCUAUAGAUUGGAUCAAUGCUACUUACAAUGAGAAGAAGUUGAAGACUACUACUGUAUCUCUUGAGGUGCGUAAGUGUCAGCAUAAGUAUGUGAUUGGACCAAGAGGCAGUAAUAUAACAGAGAUUCUGGAAAAGACAGGUGUAUCUGUGGAGAUGCCAAGCCUGGAUACAGUGUCUGAGACUAUUACACUGCGUGGUGAACAACAUCAACUUGGACAAGCCAUUACCAUGGUGUAUGACAAGGCUAAUAGUGUUGUCAUCAGUGAGGUUGGUGCCCCAGCUUGGUUGCAUCGCUUCAUCAUAGGACGGCAAGGAAAGAACAUCCGCAGCAUUACACAGAACCUGUCUAAUGUUCAUGUGGAGUUUGAGGAAGGGCGUGAUAAGAUCACAUUGGAGGGACCUCCAGAACAGGUGGAAGAGGCACGUCGGGCUCUUGAAGAAAUCUCACGAGAUCUACAGAGUCGAUUGGAUUUUGCUGUUGUCAAGAUAGAUCCCAAGUUCCACAAGCACAUUAUUGGCAAGGGUGGUGCUAAUGUCAAUCGCAUCAAGAAGGAAACUGGAGUAUCAAUCCGUAUCCCUGCGGAUAGUGAGAAGAGUAAUGAGAUUCGUGUUGAAGGUAGUCCUGAAGGUGUGCGUCAAGCUAAGACUCAACUCGUGGAACUGGCCACCCGUAUGGAGAAUGAGAAAAGUAAAGACAUCUUAAUUGAGCAUCGAUUCCAUCGUUCCAUCAUUGGUACUAAGGGAGAAAACAUCAGAGAUAUCCGUGACAAAUACAACCAGGUCCAGAUUACAUUCCCUGAUUCUGGCAUGAAGUCUGAUGUCGUCACAUUGAGAGGACCUAAGCAAGAUGUGGAUAAAUGCUACAAGUUUCUUCAGCAACUAGCCCAAGAGUUGGUGACCAAUAACUUUAUGAUGAGCGUGCCCAUCUUUAAGAAGUUCCAUAAGAAUAUCAUUGGAAAAGGUGGUUCUACCAUUAAUAAGAUCAAAGAAGACACAGAGACACGUAUUGAGAUACCUACAGAGAGCAGUGAUAGUGAUCUCAUACAGAUUACUGGCAAGAAGAAGAAUGUAGAGAAAGCUAAGGCACAAAUCAUUGCCAUUCAAAAUGAACUGGCCAAUAUCACUGAGACUGAGGUGAGCAUCCCAGCUAAGUUUCAUCAAUCCCUUAUUGGUGCUAAGGGACGUCUGGUACGUGCUAUCAUGGAUGAAUGUGGAGGUGUACAUAUACAUUUCCCUAGUGAGGGAUCUAAGAGUGAUAAGGUCACUAUCAGAGGACCUAAAGAGGAAGUAGAUAGAGCCAAAGAAAAACUGACUGAACUGGCCAAUGAAAAGGAGCAAGCCAACCAUUCCAUUGAGGUUCAUGCUAAACCAGAAUAUCAUAAGUUCCUGAUUGGACGAGGAGGAGCUAAUAUUCGCCAAGUACGUGAGGAAACAGGAGCUCGUGUAGUAUUUCCAACCACUAGGGAUGAGGACAAAACACUGAUAACUAUCAUCGGAACUAAGGAAAAUACUGGCAAGGCUAAGGACAAACUCCUAGAACUCAUCAAAGAUCUGGAAAACAUCACAGAAUGUGAAAUCACGGUUGAUCCAAAGUACCAUCGUCAUUUUGUAGCUCGUCGUGGUCAGGUUUUGAGAGAGAUUGCAGAUGAGAAUGGUAAUGUGACCGUGAGUUUCCCUCGUAAUGGUUCUAAGAGUGAUAGAGUCAUGGUUAAAGGAGCUAAGAACUGUGUGGAAGCAGCUACUGCACGUAUUGCUGAGAUUGUUGCUGACUUGGAAGCUCAAGUGACCAUUGAGUGUAUAAUACCUCAGAAGCAUCAUCGUACCAUCAUGGGUGCUAAAGGAUCUCGGGUUCAACUUGUCACAAGUCAGUAUGAAGUAGGAAUUAAGUUUCCUGAUCGCAAUCCUAAUGCUGACCAAGCUGAAGAGGGUGAGGUGGUACUGAAUGGUGAUACUAAUGGCGACGCUCAUGAAGAGGAUAAACCCAAGAAAUGUGACACUAUUCUGAUCACGGGAAAGAAGGAGAACUGCGAGCAAGCCAAGGAAGCAUUGGAGAAACUGGUGCCAGUUACUGAAGAGGUGGAUGUACCAUUUGACUUCCAUCGUUUUGUCAUUGGUCAGAAAGGAGCUGGUAUUAAACAUUUGAUGGACACCUAUGAGGUAAACAUUGCCAUACCACCAGCUUUGCAGAAAUCGAACCAGGUUAAAGUGAGUGGACCAGCACCUAAUGUAGAGAAUGCUGUACAAGCAUUGAAGGCUAGAGUGGAAGAAUUACAUCAAUCUGAAGAAGAUAGACGUCUUCAGAACUACAGUGAGGAGGUUGCUGUUGACGUAAAGUAUCACCCUAAGAUCAUUGGACGUAAAGGACAAGUUAUUACUAAGAUCAAAGAGGAGCAUAAGGUGAAGAAUAUCCAGUUUGCUGAUCGUAAUGCUGCCAAUCCUAACAUCAUUACUAUCAUUGGAUAUGAGAAGAGUGUUCAAGCAGCCAAGGAGGCCAUUUUGGAUAUUGUUCAUAACUUGGAGGACCAACACACUGUAGAGAUUGAGAUAGAUCAUCGUAUACAUAGCAGACUGAUUGGUGGUAAGGGCAGAGCUAUCAAUAAAGUCAUGGAGUUAUACAAAGUGGAUAUCCGAUUCCCUCGUGGUACUGAUGCUAAUCCUAAUCUAGUAACCAUUACUGGUCUAGAUGAGAAUAUAGAUGAGUGCCAGGAAUAUCUGCUCAAUCGACAGGAGGAAUAUUUACAAGAGAUGGACGAGUCAGUGGAGUUACAGCAGUAUACUAAACCUCCAAGCCGUCAUGAAGAUCAACAACCUAAAGCUGAUAAUCCUGGCUUUGUUGUACGUGGUGCCCCAUGGAAUAAACCUCCUGAUACAUCUAAUACUAUGGACUUCCCUAGUAUUGGUGUUGCAGAAAACCCUACACCAGCUGUAGUUACUGGAUCAUCAUCAUCAUGGGGAGCAUGGUCUAAACGCUAAUCAUAGAUGAUGAUGAUCAUCAUGCUAAGAGAUAAUGAUGAUCAUCAUGGGGAGCAUGGUCUAAACGCUAAUCACUAGACCCAGCUAAGAGAUGAUGAUCAUCAUCAUGGGGACCACGGUCUAAGCGCUAAUCAUAGAUGAUGGUCAUCAUCAUGGGGACCACGGUCUAAACGCUAAUCAUAGAUGAUGGUCAUCAUCAUGGGGACCACGGUCUAAACGCUAAUCAUAGAUGAUCAUCAUUUACAUGGGGACCACGGUCUAAACGCUAAUCAUAGAUGAUCAUCAUUUACAUUGGGAGCAUGGUCUAAACGCUAAUCAUAGAUGAUCAUCAUUUACAUUGGGAGCAUGGUCUAAACGCUAAUCAUAGAUGAUCAUCAUUUACAUUGGGAGCAUGGUCUAAACGCUAGUCACUAGACUUACGGGGUAGCUCAUACAUGUAGAUGCUCAUCAUUUACAUGGAGAGCCUGGUAUAAGUGCUAAUCACUAGACCCAUGCUAUUAAAUUCGUACUUACAUCCUGCGUUAUUCUUUAUUGGUUUCAUUUUCAGCAUACAUCAGAAGCUUUAUGCUGCAAUCUUUUUAUUCUUUGCAGAUGUAACCUUUUAUCUUUUCAAAUGAAACAAUUAAUAUUAAACUCUUAAUGCUGAAUGGGACGGAUCCUAUUAUCUUUAUUUAUGCAUCUUGAAUACCAUUUUGCCUUGUCCAUGGAUACAUGCUUUCUCAUCUUAAUAUAUGACAUUAAAUAUUGGUUUGUUAUCUCUCUCAAGUUUGCUACCAAAUUCAUUUCCAUGUUUGAAGAUUUGUGUUGGAAUAUCAGAAUGAGUCUGCACUUAUUGAAACGAUUGAAGAACAAACCUUGAUUUUGUGAUGCAGUUGGUUUCUAGCAAAGGUGUACAUCCUCUCUACACCAUCUUAGCCUUCUAAUAUACUUCAAGACACUUAUCUUUAAUGUUACCAUGUGGACGUUAUUCUGGUUCUUAGUCAACGCAAUGCAAAGUGAUUUUGAGGCAUGCUGCAAAGGAUUCAUGGAGGUUAUUUCAAACUAUUUGAAAACCUCGAUAGCGUUUUUAAUGUUACAACUAUUCUUUGUAGUCAUUUUAUGUUUCAUUAAAAAAAAAAAAAAAAAUGUAUUUGAUGAAUACCGGUAUAUUUUGUUGAUCAAGUUGAUCAAUCACUGCAUUGCUAUUUCUUACUUACUAUUCUCUAUGCACUAAUGUAUAUAGUUGACCAUUAGGUACCAGAGCAGUACAUGUAGUUGAUGGUUUGCAUUGUAUGUCAAUUAAUACAAAGCAAUUAGUUUCUUAUCAAUCAAUAAGUAUCAUCUUAAUAGUUUUCUAUUGAGAAACAUUCCACAUCCAAGUUUGUUUUAAAAAUUGUGUGACUAAUAGUUUUUUAUUUGUAGUAAUAUUAAUAUUAAUACUGCAAAAUUUCUUGCUUGACCAAGAUUGAAAAUCUUGCUACUUUAUUUAAUUAUUUGUCCACUUGUUUGCCUUUUGAUUGAUACAACUCCUCGCUAUGACCAGCUUGACAAUUAACAGUACAUAUCGAGGAGAUGUUAAAUGUUGAUAUAGUAAUCAACGUGAUACCACGUUCUCCUCACAUGUUCAUCUUGGUGUAAAGUAAUAACAUAAAGUCAUCUUGCAAACAGCACAAACAUAGAAUGAGCCAAUAUAGCUAGCAUUGUAUGUAGAAAUAUAAUGUAGAUAUAAGCUGUAUUCUCUUCAAGUAGGCUGGAAUACUUCAUUCUGAUUGGUCGAUAUAAACCUGUAUUGCACGGCCCAUAUCACACCCUGCAUGCUCUAACUGUGCGUCAGGUUAACUUAUGACCCAACUGGAAUGAUCAGGUUAAUUUAUUCCAACUGGAAUCAUAAGUCAAUAGUUAUGUAUUAACAUUCCUAUGAAUGUGCAGCUAGUAGUGGGAGGAUUUCAUCACGGUGUGAUAAUAAGAGUGGUCUUAAUAUCUUUUAAAUAUGAUCUCAUACGGCACCUUUGUCAAAAAUUGAUUUUCUAUUAUUCCUCAUCAAUACUCAGUGUAGUAGGUUUUUACAAUUGCAAUGAUACAAAUGAACUAGUGACUAAUCCAGCAAUCCAGAAUUGUGUUUAAAUAAAGUAAAGUACUCCAAUACUCAACUCUAAAUACACAUUUCAUUUCAUUGUAGAGGUGUAGUUAAAAUAAGUUACUUUUAAAUUUUUGUUUUCCUUCCGUUUCAUUAAUUAGCUUUGUUUAUGUUUAGAGCCGUCUGUUGAUUACUGUUAGCAGGACUAUUUUUGGUAUUCAGAGGUCAGGAUUAUUUUCUGUUUAAUUUUUAGAUCAGUAAUAUAAAAACAAAUUGAACAUAUAUUGUACAUGGUUAUUUUUCAUAAACUUCAUCUGGUUUCUUUUCAUUUCUUGAAUUAAGCAGUAGUUUAUUAGAGUUUGGAGGUGAUGAGAGACUGAGGUUGGUUUAUAAGUCAAACAAAUCUAGUUAUGGCAGAUGAAACUUUAUCAAAUAUAAUAUUAAUAUUAAUGCAGUAUUUGUUUAAUAACUUAAUCAUUAACAGACUCUUUUUAUUUUUGGUCAUUACUCGACUGCAAUUUGGGGGAACAAUUGUAGCAUUGAUCACUUUAAUUAUGUGGUUUAUUUAAUAUGAAACUGGAGUUGAUAUGGAACUGUGCUGUUUAUUUUCAGAGAAUUGUGUUUUUGUUUGAACGAUUUAUUAUACACUGCCCAAAUUGGAAGUCCUUGCGAGUAUUAAUUAACCAGUUAUAAGGUUAACUACGCAGUGUAUUCACCAGAACAUCAUUCUCUAUCUAACGAUAUUAUGUAAAAGAAAUGAAACUAAAGCCAGCCAAGAAGGUUGGAUUAAUGUACUAGGUUUGUAUAUUAAGAUUAAGAUUAAGACGUGCCAUGUUGGGGAACUGUGAAGUUCAGAAUCAAUAAAUUGCAACAAUAUUGAGAAAUAAUAAACAAUUCAAUAUAUUCUAAAUAAAUACAA